UUUAUCGAAUAAAACGAAAUUCCCCAAAUUCCAAAAAUUUUCCACUUCAUGAAUGAAAUUUUGGAAUUUUGUAAAUAUUAUUAAGGGAUAGUACUGGUUGCAAGGAGAAGGAUUUUUAGUAACUCUCCUAGUUUACAAAUUUUUUUAAACCAAUUUUAGAUCUAAUAAACAAAUGAUUAUUGUUAUUGUUAUUACUCAUGGAAGUCUUUAAAUGACUUGAUAACAUGGCGGAUACUGAAAAUAAUGAUUUAAAUUGUUUGAAACAUACAAAAAUAACAGUUUUGGUGGAUGAAGCUCUACCUGAUCUUUUAGUUGUUACCUAUGAAUAUGGAGUGAAAAUAUUUAAAGGUGUUUUACUCGACUCGACAAAAAGGAAUCUUCCAUUCGGUGUUCAGACCCUAAACCCUGCACUGAUACCGCCCAAAAAACCGGAAGAUGAUCCGUUAUUCUCAGUAAGUCAGAGGUUCGCUUACACAGAUCCCAAUAAUGCUAAGAAGAACAUUCAAUUCCCAAAUAAAUAUAAGAAUAAUCGUAUGACUGUAAGAUUAAGAGCUAGGCAAGUGGUGUGCUCUAAGUGUAAGGGAAUCUGUAAUGAGAACUCUGAAAAUGUGUCAAGGAAAAGGAAGUCUUCGGAAACAUUACCAACGCCCACUCCACCGCCAAUUAAGAGAAGCCUGAAUGCUCCAAUGACUAGAUCUGUUUAUACUGAACAACUCAACAAUAGAAAAACCGCGACUAAAGGAGCCACAUUGGUCCCAAAACUGACUAGAUUAACCGCUGAAGAGGAACAGAGGGCCCUCAGCGGUAAUUUCCACAAUAAAUUAACCAAAAAAAGCUCAACGAUUGCCCCCAAUCCAAAUAACAACGAAUUCGAUCUCAAACCCGAGAACAAAAAACAUUCCGAAAACGAACAUUCCGAACAUAUCGCAAAUUCUUCUUCCACAAACAAAGAAGAGAACCAAAGCAGUCAAAAAGUUUUAUUGGAAUCAAAACCUGUCAGAGCAACUUUACGUACGGUUAAAAGACAGUUGAGGAAAAAAAGGGGUACCGGUUCCACAGAAGAACCCGCUGAAACUGGGGUCGAUGAAAAGGGGAAUAAAAAUAUCGCUGAGAACGCUCCAGAUGCUGCCAUAGACGAUGAUACUUCGAGUGUACAUAACGUAGCAAGUACUAGAACCAUAAAAAUAUCUUAUGGGCCGCAGGGUGAAGGUACCGUCCUGAAGAUACCGGCAAAAAUAGAUCCUCUAGAAACCAAGGAAGAAGAAGAAGAAAAAGUCUCGAAUGUCGAGAAGCAGAAAAAUAUCGAGAUUCAAACUAAAGAAGCUAGAAGAGCGUUGAAGAAAGCAAAAAAAGAGGCCAGGAGGAAAGUAUUAGUUCCGAGUAACUCCCCUCUGUAUAUCGCUGGGGCUUCCCCUCGAUACGCUCUUGGAGCUUCUUCCCCAAGAUAUGCGGUUGGGGGUGCUUCGCCCAGGCAAGCCCUAGGCGGUAAUUCACCGAGGUAUAUCUGUACGUCCUUAGAAAUUAACAUGCCUCGUAAGAGGAAGCAUAAAAUGAAACACAAGAAGAAGCACAGGGAGAAUAAAGAUAAGAAGCAUAAAGAAGGCGAAGUAAGUAGUUCCACUCAGGAUGAAACGAAAGAACAAAUCGCAACCCAGAAGCUAUCGAUAAACUUGAAGAGGUUGCAGAGCAGAUACACUUCGAGCGAUAAUAAAGAGGACAAUUCCUCCAGUUCGGACGAUCAGAACGAGCAAGUACCAGAUUUUCCGCCACCUGCUCAACCCCUAAUGCUCAGGAUCAACGCGCAGGCAGUGUCCAGUGCCUCGGGGGCAGAUGGGGCUCGAUUGCUAGUCGGCGACGUUGUAUGGGGAAAAAUACACGGUUUUCCUUGGUGGCCAGGAAAGAUUCUCACCAUAACCAACUGUAACAAUAGGGACUUUCAAGCCCAUGUAUCGUGGUAUGGUAGUUCUACAUCUUCCCUCAUGCAGUGCGAUCAGCUCAGCCCCUACUUAGAACAUUUCAAGAUUCGUUACAACAAGAAGAAAAGAGGCCCUUACAAAGAGGCCAUAAAGCAGGCCACUAGCGAGGCUAGGGAGAACGCAGAGUCCAAAGCCAGACAGCCAUUGGUCAGCUCUCCGUCGCAUAACCUCAUUUCUCAGGUGGUACCGCCGCCACUGGCGUCGCCCAGAGAAAUAAAUGUCGCAUCCUAGAGGUUCCGUAGACUCGAGAGUCACUUAGGUGUUUAUUGUGUCGAUAGUUAUGCUGUAUGUACUAUUAUCGUUGAAAUUUAGCCGCAAACUACUUACACGUUGGUUUUCCUCAUCCUACUGUUCUUCGUUUUAUUUUUUUUUAUAUCAUAGUUUUUGUGCGCGGGAACGUUUUUUUGGUCUUGCGUGGAUUUGUGAUAAUUUUUUUUGUGUAUGUCUCAUGUUUUUUGUUCGACCGUUUUUGGGAGAUGUGUUGAGGUUGACUUCGUGAUUUUUGAGGUUAAGGCGAUGAUGGAGUUCUUUGAUUUUUGAUUUUUCUACUUUUCGUUGCCGUAUGAGCCAUCUGAGAAUAUUUUUAAUUGUAUUUUAUUGUUCAAAUUUAUCUGACUUCGUAUGCAUCUCAACUUCUUGAAUAGUAGGCUACUUCAGUUUGAAAGGAAUAAUAGGGUGAAAAAUUGAGAUUUUCGAACUACUUCGCGACUUAACCUCAACUUUCGCAUAGAAGGAUUUAAGCAUGUUACUUAUCUGUCAUAUUAACCGUUUAAAAUUGUUUAUGUUUUUCUAUGAUACGACACGAGAUCUGUGUUCACUGUAUAAAGAAGAUGGUAGGUCUUUAGUACCGUACGGAUUUUUUUUUAUAUAGAAACUCAAAUGUACAUUACUGUCAGAUGAAAUAUUUCACCAAGCAAACCUUUUCGACCUACAGAAAUCGAGUCCUCAGGUUCAGUUAGUUUUAGGGUCAGGAGAGGUGAGAUGUUCCCGCUGUUUCUAUGGAUGCUGGAAAAUGUCGUGUUCCAGAAGUUGAAACCUUUUUUUUUUUUGUAUAGUGGGAACAUGUCAAAUCUCGCUAAGGUAUUUUUAAACAUGAAAAAUAUUAGUUGUUAUUGGAAUCGAGGUUAUCCAAAAGAGAAUAUCAUUUUUUUUUGUAUAUUAAUAAUAUAUCUGUGAUUUUAUCCAUCUAGACUAUCUAUAAAGCGUACAAUAAAAUUUAUCUAUACAAGCCUUUUA